AUGGAUAACUUCAAUUCUUUAGAUUUAAGUUACAAGGAAUAUGGGAAUAUGCAAACAUUUUACGAAGCUAAUGAUUCUUUGAGUGGAGAAAGCAAUGAGGAAUCAGAUACUUCUGAUAAAAGAAAAGGCUUAAACGAUAAUUUAAAUAAUGAUGAAAGCAGUAGGGUUGAAAAAUAUAUUAAAUUAGAAAAUACUAUAAAAAUAUGGGCUGGUACAAAUGAAAUAAUUAAUUUCAAAAAAAAGGAUGUACUCGACUUAAAUAAAACAAUUUACAAAUAUAAUAAUAAAGAAAUUAAUGUAUCUAAUAAUUCCAAAUUUUUAAAUAUAAAUAAUAAUAAUUUAGAUGAUUUGAGCUUUUUGAAUGAUCUUUUAGGUCAUAUAUAUCAACAAAAAGGUAUGGAGUCAUCUAUUAAUUAUUCCAAUAUUAUAUCAUUAGACGUUUCUUUUAAUAAUUUAGUAGAAAUAAAUAAUAACUUGCUUAUGUUAAAUAAUCUUAAAAUCUUAUACCUACAUUCAAAUAAAUUAGAAAACAUUAACGAAAUUAAGAAACUCCAAUCCUUGCCCAAGCUAAAAAAACUGACAGUCGAAAAUAACCCGAUUAUGGAUCUAUAUAAUAAAUUUUAUCGACCCUUUGUAAUUCACUACGUACCUCAAAUUAAAUCUUUAGAUUUUCAUGAUAUUACUAAAGUUGAGAAGAACAAAUCGGAUAUAGCUUUUAACACACACAAAUACAGAUUUAAUUUGGAAUGA